CAUAAGUACUCUUAUUUUGCUGAGUUAUGAUAUAUAAAAGAGAAGUUUAUCAUUUUUUUAAAAUCAUUAGCCUUGGUAAGUUGUGUAGUUCUAUAUCGACCAGAAACAGUAGUCUCGAUCAGUUGUGUAAUAAAGUAAAAGCGAAAAUGUCAAAAGUGAUUGUUGAACCAUUGUUUGGAACAUACGGACUUGCCGAAGGUCCUCAUUGGGACCACAUUGCUCAAAAGCUUUAUUUCGUUGAUAUAUUUGCUCAAAAAAUAUACAGAUUCGACCCCGCAACACAUGCUCUUACAUCUGCUUUUAUCGAAAAUGGACCUGUUGGAUUUGUUAUUCCCGUCGAAGGUAGCACCGAUAAAUUAGUAGCAGGAUCUGGUAUAGAUUUUGUAUUGUUUUCUUGGAAUGGGGAAAAAGAUCUUGUAAAAUGUAUGCCUCAAACAUUGGUCACUGCAGACAGUAACCGAGCAGAGACCAGAUGGAAUGAUGCAAAAGCAGAUUCUUCUGGAAGACUGUGGUGUGGGACAAUGGGCUUUGAGAAAGAUGGAGUUUUUCCACCUAAUGUGGGGUCUCUUUAUAGCAUUGAUAAUAAUCUUGAGUUAAAGAAACAAGUGUCUCCUGUAACUAUAAGUAAUGGGUUAGCUUGGAAUAAUAAGAAUGAUACACUUUAUUACAUCGAUUCACUCACCUAUCAGGUUGUGGCAUUUGAUUAUAAUUCUCAGACAGGAGCUAUAUCUAACAAGAGGACCGUUUUCGACCUUCAGAAAAAUAAUAUUUCUGGAAUACCAGAUGGUAUGACUAUAGAUACAGAUGGAAAUCUCUGGGUGGCUGUGUAUGCCGGAAGUGGUGUACUCCAAAUAAAUCCGAAUACGGGUGAACUGUUGCGCUUUGUUAAGAUUAACGGUGCCAAGAACAUAACUAGCGUUGCUUUCGGUGGUCCGAAACUCGAUACCUUGUACGUAACAUCAGCGAACAUACAAUUAAAUGAGAGUGAAUUAGAGGAACAACCAUAUGCUGGCUACUUAUUUGCCAUAAAGGGUUUAGGCGUACAUGGUUUUCCUGCAAAUUCAUUUAAACUAUGAGAUAAAUUAACAUAGAUAGAUAUAUGUACGUAUAAAUAUUUCGAAUAUGUACAAAUAUAUAAAACACAUUUCCUUAACAUUAAAUCACUAGAAUAAUGAAUGACAAAAUUUGUUAA